AUGUUUUCUUAAUGAGGUCUACGUCCUCAGCAUCACGCUCUCAACUCUUCAGUAUGACGAAGUAAUGGUUAAAUAAUUUGUAAAAUUAAUGUCCGAAUGCACAAAGACGUGUCGUGAAACAUACCCUACGGCCCUGCUUUUCUUCUUUGCGUGUUUGGUAAAUUAUGGGACCGAGUUGUUAAACGCAGUGGCAAUUGUAUGUUGUCAUAUUCUAUAAUUAUUCGACACCUGGACACGGGAGGUAUAUGAAUGGAACUUUGUCUUCGGUCGUCACACACUCGAGAACAUCAUAGCCGGUGGUGCGUGUCGGUUUACAAAUGUGCUGAUCUGUUGUGUAAAUCGGAUUACUAUAUACAUUUUUAGUGCAGAUAGGAAUAUUUGAAACAAUAACGCAUAGAAAAAAUGAGGAUUGUGAUCGCCUUAUGUUUACUCUGCUUACCUGCAGCAAGCUCUGAAAUUGUGUGUGAUGAUAAUGAUUGUCUGGACGAUUUCAAUGAAGUCGAUGACGUCAUCGCUCGAGGAGGGCCAAGAUUCGCUUGCAGGCCAUUAACAGAAUACAUAGAAUGUCUCGCAGAACAACUUGGAGAGUGUCCAACCCAACACAAAACAGCAGUACUGGGUGCCAAAUCCAGAUGGACACAGUACAUCAGCUCGUGUGCACUGACACUGCCAUUCCAGGAGGAGGACAGUCGUGAAGACACUCUUACAGAACAAGUCCAGAGAAGUGCCGAAGACACUCUUACAGAACAAGUCCAGAGAGGUGCCGACGAGGUCCGAAACCAACUGAACGGCAUUAUCUCAUUGUCACAACCUAAUGUCAACCGACUCAUCAUCGCGCCUGAAAAUACUGUUAUCGAGAAAAUGGUCGAUGUAGCAGAGGACAUCGUUGAAAACGUGAAAGAUACUGUUGAUGAAGUCAUUGAUAGUUCAAUGGAUGGCCCAGACGGAAUGGACGAUAUCGUGGAAAACGUGCGUGAUAUUAUCGUUUCAAAAAUAAACAGCGCCCAACCCAUUCUUCAACAGUAUGCCGACAAAUUGGAAACGAAAAGAGACGAUGAGAAUAAUUCAAAUGUAGAAGAUGUUGACGACGCGCAGAGUGAGGAAGCAGACGACACACAAAGGAAAGAAGGAGAUGACAGACACAGUACCGAGACAGACAUUAUUCCGACCUUGGAAAGUGUCAGUGUGGAGGUUUUAGAUGAUAUUGUAGACUUCCUGAACGACCAUCUUUCGGCAGAUGAUGGAAAUAUUGAGACGGAGUUAGAUGUAGAGGACAGUAGGGCGGAUGACGAUAGUCGCGAAGAGAAUGAUGAUUCUAAGGACACUGAGUUAGAAGGUGCUGGUGAUAGCAACGAGAGUAUCGAUAAUUCCAAGGAUGACGAAGACAAUGAAACCGAUGAUUCAAAAGAAAUUGUCGAUGACAACAGUGAUAACACUGAUCUUGAUAAUUCAGAUGAAAAUGAGAUCAAUCCCCUAAACGACGAGUCAAACGAAAACGAUAGUGACGAAAUUGACGAUGACUCGCAUGAUGAAACAGAAGAAAAUCAGUCCCAAAAUGACAGUGAUGAAAAUGAUUCGCAUGAUGACCAUCAGGUUAAAAUUGGUAUUGAUGAUAGUGAUGAAAAUAACAGCUAUCGACAUGGUGAGAAUGAUGAUAGCCAAGAAAAUGAAAACAGCAAUGAAAAUGACAAUGUGAGUAGCGAUGAAGAUAACGACAACCAUCAUCAUGAGGAUAGCCAUGAACACUUACAAGAACUCGGGGAUUUAACAGUUCUUUCGGAUCCCUCAACGGGUACCGCAAAUGUUGGAGGCAAUGCCCGACUGAGGCCCGGAAUGGGAGUGGACGGCGUACAUCAGUACAGUUCAAUGGGUGACGACAACUCCGGAUCAUUGAUCACACCUUGGACGACCCUUCUGGUUGCAUGCGUCGCUCUGGUGAUGUCAACUCUUUCUUAAAACUUCUCUUCUGUAGACAUUCCAUUCCUUGUGCCAUAUUGUAGCAGAAAUUGAGUGACUCUUGUAUGAUGGAUUCGUUCAGUGUUGUUUCGUGUAGUUAUGUUUAACAGUGUCUAUUGAUGUGGUUGGUGCUAUUUGGACAAAUGCAUUUUUUUAAUAAUUUUGUUAUGAAACAUUUGAUUAAAAGUUUGUAUACAUCC